AAUUAAUUGCUCUCUAAAUGCACCACUGCUGACGACUUUAGACAUCACGGUUCCACGAGUGGAAAUAUGACGCUGCAGAUGGUGCACGUGGUCUCUUGUUUACUUCUUCCAGGAAGGUUGGAAAUGCAGCUGGAGAGGAGAAGGGGGACGCUGAAAUUGUGAAACAGUUUUCCUAGAUAGAGUUACUCAGCAUUUGGAAGAAGACUCGUAGACCGACAUGAACGCCGGGAAAAUGUGGAACUGAAAUUUUCCUUCUUCUAAAGCUCCGCGAGACCCGAACAACAAACACUACAAUGCUUCAACUUGGAAACCUGUUCACCCACUUUCAUCUCAUCUCUAAAACUUCAGAAGGAACACAAAGGCAGCAGCAGCCAACAUUACCUGACUUUUUACAGCAUGCCAUGAGAUUCACUGGGCUGAAGAAGGAGGAUGUUUACUGCAGUCUUCGUGUUCCUGACCAGUUUCAGAAAGCCAGAGAUGACAUCAACAUUGUUAUCCUCACAGGUCAAGGGAUUUUCUGCGUAGAUGUAAAACCCUGGAGGGGAACAGUAUCUGCUCACAACCAAAACUGGCAUGUGCAAGUAAAAGAAGAGGACCAAAACUUUACCAACACCUGCAUUGAGCAAAUUCAAGAUCCCCUCAAAGCUAUCAUGACCAAAACAGCCAACUUAUGUAGCCAUUUAAAGAGGAGUGGAGUGUCUGUGCGGCACAGUCUCUUCUUCCCCAGGAUCAUCUUCCUAUCCCCAGACUGCAAGCUGGAUGAAGAGCUGAUGAAGAGGACGGAGCUGAUCUCCCACAGCCAAAUAGAUGACUUCCUUAGAUCUUUUAAGGAAGGCUAUAUGACCUGGAUAUCAGAUGCUUUGACUCCCUCCUGGAUCUCAGGUCAUCUGUCGUACAGGCAGAUGGAGUCAGUGCGGGAGGUCCUGAAGAGGGUGGGAACAUGGGAUCUGGUGCGGCUGCACUGUGGUGAGCAGCUGAAAGGAGACUAUCAGGGCUGCCAGUAUAUUGCGCUCAACCGCCAGGAGACGGACAGGCUUGAGUUUUCCAAAGUAAAAACUACUGAUUCACUGUGGGCUCUGCUGGGACACGCUCCUCAGGUUACAGUUAAAAUGUAUAAGCGUGGCACUCACAGAUGGCUGGGCAAGUCACUGAAUGCCACCACCACCAUCCCCUCAAACACUUUUGUGAUCUUCAGGAUCAGCGGUGAGGAAGCAGAUGCCAAAAUCACUGCAAACACCAUUCACAGCAUCACACUCAGCAAAUAACAAGAGGGUGUGUCUUGGAAGAGGACAGACAUCACAACAUGGCACUUAAGGGAAAGGAAGCCUUCUGAAUAAGUAAUGCGCAAAUGGAAAAGAAUCUUAUAUUAUUAUUAUUAUUUCUGGGCGUUUUUAAUGCGGUGUUGACGUUUUUCUGUGUUGUACUAAUAGUAGAAAUUCAAAUUGUGUCUGCUAAGAAGAAAAAAAGGCCCAUAUGCCAGUUUUCCCAAUUCUCUGGUCCUCAGUGGCAACAGUAUGAUAAUGAAGAUGGUUUCAGACAAUUAGCCUGAUUAACUUUCUCUUGUUUUGAAUUUCUAGGGCUGGCCCACACUAGCCAUUAAUUAAUCAUUAUGCAUCUGACUGUGUCACACCAGUUCAGGCUACAAGUGUUUAAUGUGUUAAUUAUGGCAGUUAAAAAUGGGUUGCUGCUGGCAUGACAAGGACCAAGCAUGUUACUCCUUUAAUGGAUUUAAUGGGAAGUUAUUUGCAGUCUGUUUAGAGAGUGUAACUGUAAGGUGAUUUAUUAAUAUGCUCCACUGCUCAGAGAUAACAUAUUCAAGAGUGCACAGGCAGAGCCACCAGCACCAUUCAUAACAAUGUCUGAUCCACUUUCCAUCAGUUACCAGGCUUACACAGCUGCGCUAACAGCUAGCAAUUGUAUUUACAGGGCCUGUUAGUGAGCAAAAUUAGUUAAUUCUAUCAAGAUAUCAGUGCCUUUAGCUAAUAAAAUUAAAUGAGCCCUCUCUGUUGAUGGUAUCUUUUUGCGUAGCAUCUCUAUCUGAAACAUCAUUACACUAUACUCAAGCCGUUUAGAUCAGUGGUGGUCUUACAAGCAGCACUGUCCUUUUGGCAUUGGUUCAUGAAUAUUUUUAAAACCUGUUAUUUUGGGAACUAAAGCAUCACUCAGGGACUGUUGUCUCCAUAGCACUGGACAAAUUAUAUUGAUAGUAUCAAAUUGAUAAAAAACAUAAUUGAAAUUACUACAAAACUUACGACUUAUUAGCGUAUGCAAGUUUUGGUUUAAUUUCAUGAACCAUUAUUUGAAUGUUUAACUCCUUUUUUUUCUUUCUUUCAAACUUAAAGCACUUUCAAGUCGAAAGCCAACAUCAGAGGCAUGAUUGUUAAUUAUACUUUUGAGUUGUUAGGUUUAUUAGCAUGGCCGUGUUUGUUUUUUAAUGUGUUUUCAUGUUUGUAUUCU